AUACGCACCAACUCCAUUCCAAACACGAAGUGCAGACGGAGCCAGCUCGCCACCACUCCACGGCGGCGUUUUUUCUCCUCUUUUGUCAGUUGUCUGCUAACGACACGCCAUCCGACACCUUCUCGGACUUUACGGGAGCAGUAGUGUUGAACAGAAAUUUCUCCUGUUUCUGAUUUAUUUCCAGAUUUCCGCGCAUUUCAAUUGAUGUUCGUCGCGCAAUUGAGCGGUUUCCGUGCCUGAAUCGCCCUGAUUCUUUGCCAGAUCUGAUCAAUUGUCGUCGCUUGUGUAUAAUUGAACAAACGGAGGAAUAGCAUUUGAUAUUUGUCGAUCAAUUUGGGAAUAAUCCGGUGAAGAUGUCGACGGUGUCGGGAUCGGGAAUCCAGGUGAGAGGCGGUACCUUGGUGAAGUCAGACUGCGCCUCGGGACACCAGCUAAAUGCUUUGACGGCUUUAAGCCGGAGGAUUCGGGUGUCCCGAGGCUCUGUUGCGAGGCACAGGAGGGUGUUCCUGGAGAAUGGAUUUGUUCACGGCGCAAAGCUCCGGGAUUGUGCUGCCUCGAGGUUUCUUCGAGGGCAGAAAGACGGGUCGGGUCAUUGUCGCAUUAAGCGGGCAGUGAUUAAGAAUGCAAUGUCUCAGGUGCCGGAAGAGCCGCUCGGACUGUACGAUCCGUCAUUAGACAAGGACUCCUGCGGGGUCGGGUUCGUUGCCGAGCUGUCUGGUGAAAGCAGCCGGAAAACGGUUACCGAUGCUAUCGAGAUGCUGCUGCGCAUGUCGCACCGAGGUGCUUGUGGGUGCGAGACGAAUACCGGAGAUGGCGCUGGAAUUCUCGUGGGGCUUCCCCAUGAUUUUUACAGACAGGCAACUAAAGCUUCUGGGUUUGAGCUUCCUCCGCCAGGGGAAUAUGCCGUUGGCAUGUUUUUCUUGCCUACUUCAGACAGUCGAAGGGAACAAAGUAAAGUUGUAUUUGCGAAGGUAGCUGAAUCACUUGGCCAUACAGUACUUGGGUGGCGCCCAGUCCCCACAAACAACUCGGGAUUGGGCAACUCUGCUCUGCAAACUGAACCAGUUAUUGAGCAAGUUUUUGUGACAGCCUCUCCGAGGUCAAAGGCUGAUUUAGAGCAACAGAUGUACAUAUUAAGGAAGCUAUCUAUGGUAGCUAUCCGAUCUGCUCUCAAUCUCCAACAUGGUGCAGUUAGAGAUUUUUACAUCUGUUCACUGUCAUCUAGGACUGUUGUCUACAAAGGUCAAUUGAAACCUGAACAAUUGAAAGAAUACUACUAUGCUGAUCUGGGUGAUGAAAGGUUUACAAGCUACAUGGCCCUGGUACACUCCCGAUUCUCGACAAACACAUUUCCUAGCUGGGAUCGAGCUCAGCCGAUGCGUGUCAUAGGACACAAUGGAGAAAUAAAUACACUUAGGGGAAAUGUCAAUUGGAUGAAGGCUCGUGAGGGUCUUCUACAAAUGAAGAAACUUGGCCUCUCGAAGGAGGAAAUGAAAAAACUUUUACCCAUUGUGGAUGCCAGCUCAUCUGAUUCAGGUGCAUUUGAUGGUGUACUCGAGUUUUUAGUUAGAGCUGGCAGAAGUCUACCUGAAGCAAUCAUGAUGAUGAUUCCAGAGGCCUGGCAAAACGAUAAAAACAUGGAUCCACAUCGGAAGGCUCUCUAUGAAUAUUUCUCUGCUCUAAUGGAACCGUGGGAUGGCCCUGCUUUGAUAUCCUUUACUGAUGGGCGUUAUCUUGGAGCAACUCUGGAUAGAAAUGGAUUACGUCCUGGUCGCUUUUACAUUACUCACAGUGGUAGAGUUAUCAUGGCAAGUGAAGUUGGAGUAGUUGAUGUUCCCCCAGAAGAUGUAUCCAGGAAAGGAAGACUUAAUCCUGGUAUGAUGCUUCUAGUGGACUUUGAGAAGCAUAUUGUUGUAGAUGAUGAAGCCUUGAAGCAGCAAUAUUCACUUGCAAGACCUUACGUGGAGUGGCUUAAAAGGCAAAAGAUCCAAUUGAAUGAUAUAGUUGAAUCUGUUAGGGAAUGUGACCGGAUCCCUCCUCCAGUGUCUGGUGUUUUACUGGCAUCUUCAGAUGAUGAUAAUAUGGAAAGCAUGGGGAUUCAUGGUCUAUUGUCCCCGUUAAAGGCAUUUGGUUACACUGUUGAAUCCUUGGAGAUGUUGUUGCUUCCAAUGGCAAAAGAUGGCAUUGAAGCCCUUGGUUCAAUGGGAAAUGAUGCUCCAUUGGCAGUAAUGUCCAACAGAGAGAAACUUACAUUUGAAUAUUUCAAGCAGAUGUUUGCUCAGGUCACAAACCCUCCAAUUGAUCCUAUCAGAGAAAAGAUUGUUACCUCUAUGGACUGCAUGAUUGGUCCAGAGGGUGAUCUUACUGAGAUUACAGAGGAGCAGUGCCAUCGCCUCUCACUUAAAGGACUUUUGCUAUCAAUUACAGAAAUGGAAGCAAUGAAAAAGAUGGACUACAGGGGAUGGCGUAGCAAAGUUCUUGAUAUAACAUAUUCCAUGGAUCGUGGUAGGAAGGGAUUGGAGGAGACCUUAGCUAGAAUAUGUUCUGAAGCACAUGAUGCAAUCAAGGAGGGCUACACAACGCUUGUGCUUUCCGAUAGAGCUUUCUCACCAAAUCGUAUCGCCGUCAGCUCUCUCUUGGCUGUUGGUGCUGUACAUCAGGAUCUAGUAAAUAAGCUUGAACGAACCCGUGUUGCAUUGAUUGUUGAAUCUGCUGAACCCCGCGAAGUGCACCAUUUCUGUACACUUGUCGGGUUUGGGGCUGAUGCAGUCUGCCCUUAUUUGGCCAUUGAAGCUAUUUGGAGAUUGCAAAUGGAUGGAAAAGUUUCACCCAAAGCUGAUGGUGAAUUCCACACAAAGGAGGAGCUUGUCAAAAAGUAUUUUAAAGCUAUCAAUUAUGGCAUAAUGAAGGUCCUUGCUAAAAUGGGUAUAUCAACUUUGGCCUCUUAUAAGGGUGCUCAGAUAUUUGAAGCUGUUGGUCUAUCUACAGAGGUGAUUGAACGAUGUUUCAAGGGAACUCCAAGCAGAGUUGAGGGUGCAACAUUUGAGAUGCUUGCACAUGAUGCACUACAGUUGCAUGAGCUGGCUUUCCCAACACGGUCGUUACCUCCUGGUAGUGCUGAGUCUGUUGCACUUCCUCACCAUGGGGAAUACCACUGGAGAAAAGGUGGUGAGAUUCACCUAAAUGACCCACUUGCCAUUGCAAAGUUACAAGAGGCUGCCAGAUCCAACAGUGUAGCUGCCUACAAAGAGUACUCUAGGCGUAUCCAGGAAUUGAACAAGUCCUGUAAUCUAAGAGGUCUUUUGAAAUUUAAAGAGGCUGUUGUUCAAGUUCCUUUGGAAGAAGUUGAACCAGCAAGUGAAAUUGUGAAGCGUUUUUGCACUGGAGCUAUGAGUUACGGGUCAAUAUCAUUGGAGGCACAUACUACUCUAGCUAUUGCAAUGAACACAAUUGGGGGAAAAUCAAACACUGGUGAGGGAGGUGAACAGCCCUCUCGCAUGGAGCCUCUUGCAGAUGGUUCUAGGAAUCCAAAGAGAAGUUCUAUUAAGCAGGUUGCCAGUGGAAGAUUUGGAGUUUCUAGCUAUUAUCUCACAAAUGCAGAUGAGCUACAAAUUAAAAUGGCUCAGGGGGCGAAACCUGGUGAAGGUGGUGAACUUCCCGGGCACAAGGUCGUAGGUGACAUUGCUGUGACAAGGAAUUCUACUGCUGGGGUGGGACUCAUUAGUCCUCCUCCUCAUCAUGACAUCUAUUCGAUUGAAGAUCUUGCACAAUUGAUUUAUGAUCUGAAGAAUGCAAAUCCAGGUGCUCGUGUUAGUGUGAAGUUGGUUUCUGAAGCUGGUGUUGGAGUGAUAGCCAGUGGUGUUGUCAAGGGUCAUGCAGACCAUGUCUUGAUAUCUGGUCAUGAUGGAGGUACCGGAGCUGCACGGUGGACUGGCAUAAAGAGUGCGGGUCUUCCAUGGGAACUUGGUAUUGCCGAAACCCACCAAACCUUAGUUGCUAAUGAUCUCCGUGGCCGCACUGUCCUUCAGACUGAUGGCCAGCUGAAAACCGGAAGAGAUGUUGCCAUUGCUGCUCUUCUUGGUGCAGAGGAAUUUGGUUUUAGUACUGCACCCCUUAUAACAUUGGGCUGCAUUAUGAUGCGGAAGUGUCAUAAAAAUACUUGUCCUGUAGGUAUUGCCACUCAAGAUCCAGUUCUCAGGGAAAAGUUUGCUGGUGAACCCGAAUAUGUCAUCAACUUCUUCUUCAUGCUGGCUGAAGAGGUAAGGGAGAUCAUGUCUCAGCUUGGCUUUCGAAAACUUGAGCAAAUGGUGGGUCGUGCAGACAUGCUUGAGGUGGAUAAUGAUGUGAUCAAGGAUAACGAUAAGCUAAAGAACAUUGAUUUAUCCUUCUUACUCCGACCAGCUGCUGAUAUCAGACCAGAUGCAGCACAAUAUUGUGUGCAGAAACAGGAUCAUGGCUUGGAUCUGGCUUUGGAUAAUAAACUAAUAGAUCUAGCCAAGCCUGCCUUAGAAAAAAAUGUUCCUGUGUAUAUUGAAUCACCUGUUUGCAAUGAAAACCGAGCUGUUGGAACCAUGUUAAGCCAUGAAGUGACGAAGCGAUACCAUGUGAAGGGGCUUGCUGCAGAUACUAUUCAUGUCAAACUCAGUGGAAGCGCUGGCCAGAGUCUUGGGGCUUUUCUUUGCCCUGGAAUCACUUUGGAGCUUGAAGGUGAUAGCAACGAUUAUGUUGGCAAAGGUUUGUCAGGCGGAAAAAUUGUUGUUUAUCCACCUAAAGGAAGCACGUUUGAUCCAAAGGAAAACAUUGUCAUUGGGAAUGUGGCACUUUAUGGAGCCACAAGUGGAGAAGCCUAUUUUAAUGGGAUGGCUGCAGAAAGAUUUUCAGUUCGCAAUUCUGGGGCCAAAGCUGUUGUGGAAGGCGUAGGUGACCAUGGGUGCGAGUACAUGACUGGUGGAACUGUUGUUGUGCUUGGGAAGACUGGAAGGAACUUUGCUGCCGGAAUGAGUGGGGGGAUUGCCUUUGUUCUUGAUAUCAAUUCCACUUUCGGGUCCCGUUGCAAUCUAGAGUUGGUGGAUCUUUAUCCUGUUGAAGAAGAGGAGGAUAUUUUGACGCUCAGAAUGAUGAUACAGCAACAUCAGCGCCACACAGGCAGCCAAUUAGCUAGAGAAGUGCUUGCUGAAUUUGACAGUCUUUUACCAAAAUUUAUCAAGGUCUUCCCACGCGACUAUAAACGCAUUCUUGAUAGCCAGAGAGCAGGUGAAACAGAAAAAGCUGCUGCUGAAAAUGCUGCCAAAGAGACUGAGACCCAAGAAGAAGUGGAGUUGAAAGAAAAAGAUGCUUUUGAAGAGCUUAAGAAGCUGGCAGCUAGAUCUGUUGGAGAAAAUCCCAGCCAGGUUGUUAAAGUUGAAUCUCCCAGGAGACCAACUACGGUUCCAGAUGCUAUCAAGAAUAGGGGUUUUGUUGCUUAUGAGCGGGAGGGGAUUUCAUACAGGGAUCCUAAUGCCCGGAUGAAUGACUGGAAUGAAGUUAUGGAAGAGACAAAACCUGGCCCACUGUUGAAAACGCAAUCUGCUCGCUGUAUGGAUUGCGGCACUCCUUUUUGUCAUCAGGAGAACUCGGGAUGUCCUCUUGGGAAUAAAAUACCUGAAUUUAAUGAGUUGGUGUACCAAAAUAGAUGGCGAGAAGCAUUGGACAGGCUUCUGGAGACUAACAACUUCCCCGAGUUCACAGGUCGUGUUUGUCCUGCACCUUGUGAAGGUUCUUGUGUGCUUGGUAUCAUCGAAAAUCCUGUCACAAUAAAAAGCAUUGAAUGCUCCAUCAUAGAUAAAGCAUUUGAGGAGGGAUGGAUGGUGCCUCGCCCCCCUUCAAAAAGAACUGGGAAAAAAGUUGCAAUUGUUGGAAGUGGACCUGCAGGCUUGGCUGCUGCUGAUCAGCUAAACAAGAUGGGUCAUUCUGUGACAGUGUUUGAGCGUGCUGACAGAAUUGGUGGUCUAAUGAUGUAUGGAGUGCCGAACAUGAAGACUGACAAAGUCGAUGUAGUUCAGAGACGUGUAGAUCUCAUGGAAAAGGAAGGAGUAAACUUUGUUGUUAAUGCUAAUGUUGGAAAGGACCCCUCAUAUUCAAUAGAUCGACUCAACGGGGAGCAUGAUGCCCUUUUAUUGGCUGUUGGAGCAACAAAACCAAGGGACCUUCCUGUUCCUGGACGAGACCUUUCUGGAGUCCAUUUUGCCAUGGAGUUCCUCCAUGCAAAUACUAAAAGCUUGCUUGACAGCAAUCUCGACGAUGGAAAAUAUAUCUCUGCCAAGGGAAAGAAAGUAGUGGUGAUAGGUGGAGGCGACACUGGUACUGAUUGUAUUGGCACAUCUAUCAGGCAUGGCUGUACUGGCAUUAUUAAUCUAGAACUUCUUCCGGAGCCACCUCGCUCAAGGGCUCCUGGAAACCCAUGGCCUCAGUGGCCGCGUGUUUUCCGCGUGGAUUAUGGGCAUCAAGAAGCUGCUGCCAAGUUUGGCAAGGAUCCACGGUCUUAUGAAGUUUUGACUAAACGUUUUAUUGGAGAUGAGAAUGGAGUGGUUAAAGGACUUGAGGUUGUGCAUGUCAAAUGGGAAAAGGAUGCUACUGGGAAGUUCCAAUUUAAGGAAGUUGAAGGUUCAGAAGAGAUUCUUGAAGCUGAUCUAGUGUUACUGGCCAUGGGAUUCCUUGGACCUGAACAGUUACUUGCUGAUCAACUGGGACUUGAACAAGACAAUCGGUCAAAUUUUAAAGCUGAUUAUGGUCGUUUCUCCACCAACAUUGAAGGGGUAUUUGCCGCCGGGGAUUGCAGACGAGGACAAUCUCUUGUGGUGUGGGCUAUCUCUGAAGGCAGACAAGCAGCUGCUCAAGUAGAUAAAUAUCUCAUGAAAAGCUACGACAGCAAUGCUGAAGAACAGGAUGCACUUUCCGAGAGACAAGACAGCAACAGACAAAGAGUAAUGUCUUAAUAUGCUUUGCCUGUCCGAGAGACAAGACAGCAACAGACAAAGAGUAAUGCCUUAAUAUGCUUUGCCUGUCGCUAUAAAUUCGAGCACAAGUCAAGCUAUCCUAGUCAGGGGUCGAAAUAUGUAUCAGAUCAGACCCUACACUAAAUCCCGCAGAAUAAAGCUAAAGGCUGGACCUAGGAUCUAGAUUUUAAGGUAGCGACACCAUUUGCAUUUGGCCAAAAUUUUUUGGUUGUUUGAGUGCUCACAUUCUAUGUUGAGUCGACUGAAUAAUUUAAAAUGUACAGGAUAGCUCUUCAAUGCCCUCCCAGUAUAAAGAAACUGGGAGAUUAUGUCUUGCUUGCUUUGGCUUGUCUUGUUAAACUCACUUGUUGCAAUACUAUCUGGAAUUCUCCAUC